AUGUUUAAUUAUUUCCCUCUGUGGGUUCCUUCUCCUGGUCUUAAAAAUCUUUUAGACCAAUUUCAAACCAAACUAUUAUUUGACUAUCCAAGUAUUCCUUGCGCUCAUUGUUCGAUGCUUAUGCUAGAAUCUGCUGUUGUAUGGAUACCCUAUGAUCAGAAUAAAUCGUAUAUGCUAUCUCAAAUUUUUCCUAACCUUAAUUUGCCUCUGCGAGUAAAUAGAAAAAAUGAUCAACAAAUAGCUGUUUGUAACAGCUAUAAAAAUCAAAGAACACGUCAUUAUCCUCCGUUGUUAUCUUCUAUUCCUUCUGAAAUAAAUGACGUCCCUAUGUUUCAUAGAAGAUAUCUAUCACCUGUUCAUUUAGAUUGUUUAUUAGGUCGAACCGCGAAUUCAAAUUACUAUACCAACUAUCAUUACCUUAAAGGAUCCAUCAAUAUUUCUCAUAAUUAUCGUUUAUUAGAGCUUUACUCUGGCUUAAUUGGUGCUUAUUUAAACACUAAUGAACUACUGAAUUGGUUCCAUAAUUCUCUGAUUCCAGCUUCAAACUGGCUUAAACAAAAUAACACUCUCAUCCAAAAAUAUGCUUCAGAUAUUAUCAUUUCUGACCCGAGACCAGGUGAUUCCAUACCUCUUCCGCUACCUUUAGCGCGACAAUCGAUUGUUGAUCCUACUCCUUUUUCUAAUCUCCCUGGUUCAAUAUUAAAUAACCAGAGCCGUUUUCCAAUUUUAUUCGACAAUCCAGAUCUUGAAGCUUUAAUGUUUCCUGAUUUAUUUCCUACAGGUCGAGGUCAUUAUGAAGAUAUCAAAAAACUUUUAAACUUCCAACCCUCAAUUGACAGCUACAGAAAAUAUAUAAAAUUGCGAAUGCUAUAUCCUAAUCCUCGUUUUCGCUUGCAUUG